AUGAAUACAGCAGAUGCUCAGGAUAUUCUUGGCUUUAGUAACAGUAACACGACAAAGGACGAAGGAUUAAUUCCUGCAGGUGGCUUAACUGACGUAAAUCCAAAGAGCAGAAAAUCACAUCGUAGCGAUGCACAUUUCAAGCGUCCAGAAGGAAUGCAUCGUGAAUUGUACAAUCUGUUGGGUCAGGAACGAAACUUUGCUGCCCUUAUGCCGACAACUACUAAAAAUAGUGGUUACUGCCGUCAAAAAGCACGAAUUGGUAUGCGUCGCGUUCGACCAUGGGAAUGGACUCCAUUUGAAAAUGAGGGGCGUACCGAUGGUUUAAAAUUAUGUCACUGGAAACGAAAGGAUAAAACAUUUGCUGUUUAUCCCUUCGCCAAGUUCAACAAGGUCAUAAAUAUACCUACAUUCACGGAAGAAGAAUACGAUAAAUGUUUGAAUUCUACAAAAUGGAGCAAGGAAGAUACUUAUCACUUAUUUGAACUCUGUCGACGCUUCGAUUUGAGAUGGGUUAUUAUUGUUGACAGAUGGGAAGGUUCAACUCGUCGUACGAUGGAAGAGAUGAAGGAAAGAUUUUAUAAUGCUGUGAAUGAACUGAACGCAUUGAGAAAUGAAAAUACCGAAAUGCUUUAUUAUGAUGCUGAACAUGAGAAGAGACGGAAAGAGCAGCUAAUUAAACAAUGGAAUCGGACAGAAAAACAAAUCGAAGAAGAAGAAAUGCUGGUUGCAGAAUUGAAGAAAAUUGAAGUGCGUAAGAGAGAACGGGAAAGAAAAGCUCAGGAUCUUCAGAAGUUGAUCACUGCAGGUGAAAGAAUGCCUACAUCGCCAUCCAUUUCCAGUGCAGUUGUCCCUCCCAGUUUCAGCAUGAAAAAAUCUCAAAAGUCACGAAUACAGAAAAGUUCAUCGGUAUCAAGUACUUCAGUCAGCGCAUCAUAUAUACAGGAUCAUUCGAAUUUACGGUUUCCUGAAUUCCGAAGUGCUGGCACGCAUUUAAGAAGCCAAGAAAUGAAGUUACCUACCAAUAUAGGACAGAAAAAGUUGAAGAAUAUUGAAACUGUAAUCGAAAAGCUUAAACUUGAUUUGAUACCAUUCGGGACUUCUGAAAUCGUGAAGGGUUAUAAUGAAUUUCGGACUCGUAUUGUGCUUUUGCAAGAGUUGAAACAUUCAUUGCACUCUGCUGAAUUUGAAUUGGAAUCUCUGAGAACGCGUUAUAGCACGCUGACUGGGAAAACUUUUGACAUUGAGCCUAGAAUGCGAGUAAGAACAGGUAGUGAAUCAAGUACCACAGACCCCUCUUCUGCUUCAGUUGAGGGAGCACCAACUUCAAAUAGAGUCAUCACGGAUAUGAUCGAACUUACUACUUCGCUACCCCAGACGAUGAGGAAACGUAAGGCACCGUCUUCAUCAACUUCUCCAUCACCAAUUGAUAGUCGAAGAUUUCGAAAAUCUUAG